UCCAUCCCCAUUCACACUGGUUUCUUCCAACUCAGGCUGGGCAAACUCAAAGAUGAUAUUAAUUGUAUCAUGAGGUUUGUCAUGAAUGCUGAAAACAUGUCUCUCCAGUUGUGUAACAAGAACGUAUGAAGAAUCCCUGGCUAAAACUUGAAAUGCUCGACGGAAGGAUCUACAAAACGGUUGAUAAGAGAUGGCAGGAGAAAACCGCAAGCGUCUACAAGGGUCUACAUCCAAACAGAAAGAAACCGUUUUGGAUCGAUUAGGACACGACUACUGUGCUUCUCUUGAAGAAAACAAGUCUACACCUCCUGAUAACGUCUCUUGCGUGACGACGGCACUGCCUUCCGAUCAUGCGCCUCCGAACGCAUCUUCGUCGCCGAACUCUCGCGAAAAAAAGUAUGACGAUAACGGAAGUACAGCGAAAUCAAAGAAAAGAGCAAUCGAACAUGAUGAAGCAGACACCCCGGUAAAAGGGGCAACGUCUUCAGGUUUGCUUUUAUUGUGUGACACCGCUGAGCGACAAACAGUAGCCACUGCUACACCGACUGGACAAUCGAGUGAUUGUGUUCGCACGGUAGCGGAAACCUCUCCAAUGCCCGAUCUAUUUGGACAAGACGAUGAUGGCGACACGUUCCUUCAUAUCGCCGUUGUCCAGGGAGACCAACCGCUGACCGAGUUUUUCAUCCAGAGUAUGAAGUCAAGAGGGAUUGACAUUUAUAACAAGCUAAGACAGACUCCACUCCAUCUUGCCGUGAUAACGCAUCAAACAUCUCUCGUAAAAAAGCUGAUAGAAGGCGGGGCUGAUGUCAAUUUGAUGGACAGGCACGGGCAGACUGCUCUUCAUUUGGCCUGUCAAGAUGGUGACGUCAACUGUGUCCACGCCAUCCGUGACGUCACACAAGGUAGUCGCUUUCAAAUCAGACUGGACUUGAAAAACUUUCAAGGUUGUUCCGCCCUCCAUGUAGCAACUUUGACAGGAAGCCAACAAUUGGUUGGAACGCUUCUUGACAUGGGAGCUGACAUCAACGAUCAGGAUUCCAAUAGUGGUCGCACGUCUUUGCAUCACGCAGUGGAGGCUGGGAAAUAUCACGUGGCUGAAUACUUGCUGUCGCGUGGUGCCGACGUGAACAAGGUGACGUUCGCGGGGAACACACCGCUUCACACGGCAAGCGGGCGAGAAAUGGAUCAGAUGGCAAAACUAUUAAUGACGCACGGCGCCAAUGUAAACAUCGCUAAUCUGGAGGGCGACAUUCCAAAAGUUGUACGAUCAAGCGAGCAGGCGAAGAGGCAGUUUCGAUCUAAAGGAAAAGAUAGUAAAAGAAGGAAAAGAUGACAUUGCAGUUAAAUUCCCGCCUGAAAAAUUGCAGAACCGAAGAACAGACAGAAGUGUACAGGACAGGAAAAAACGAUUGUGUGGUGGAAGAUAGCUUGAUAGCUGUUAUGGAAUGAAUAAGAGACUCAGUAAUCUGUGUGACUUGUCUCGUUCUCAGUCAUUGUUUGGGUUAAUUUAACGCUUGAGGAAGAAGAGUUGUUUGACGAGGGAAAGCUUAUGUGUGUAAUUUUACUUUGAUACGUGGAUUAUAUUCCAAUUUCGAUUCUUGAGGCAGAUGAAUCUCACUGACGAAAAAUGAAUUUAAAAAGUUGUAUACUAUA